AUGAUUCUGCUGGCUGCAUUCCUGGGCCUGACUGCUGUGCUGCAGCCAUCCACCGGACAGACAUCAGGUUUUGCUGCUCUGUCAACUGACAAGGCAGAUCAACAAAAGGAGAUUGUUGACAAGCACAAUGCCCUAAGGAGAGGGGUGAUGCCAACUGCUAGCAACAUGCUGAGGAUGGAAUGGAGUCCCACAGCUGCAGAGAAUGCCAAAAGUUGGGCAAAUGAAUGUACUUUACUCCACAGUCCCGAAAGCAGAAGGACAACUACAGUGGGCUGUGGCGAAAAUCUCUACAUGUCAACUGCACCCAAUUCCUGGUCAGAUGCAAUUCAAGCCUGGUACAAUGAGGUGGGAAAUUUCAUGUAUGGCAUUGGGUCAACCACACCAGGUGCAGUGACUGGCCAUUAUACUCAGGUGGUUUGGUACAAGUCUUACCAGAUUGGAUGUGCAGUUGCCUUUUGUCCUGAGAGUGAAUACAACUACUUUUAUGUUUGCCAUUACUGCCCUGCGGGGAAUAUCAAUACCUUAAUAAAAACACCUUACAAAUCAGGAGCAGCGUGUGGAGAUUGCCCUAAUGCUUGUGACAAUGGACUAUGCACUAAUCCUUGUACAUAUGUGAACACUUACUCAAAUUGUCCUGAUUUAGUAAAGAACUAUGGAUGUGCACAGUCCGUGCUCAAGAAAUACUGUCUUGCCUCCUGCCGUUGCCCCACUGAAAUAAUAUAA